AGACUUCACCACUUGCUUUUCCUACGCGCUCAAAUUUGCACCACAUACUAAUUUUCCAUGGAAAAUUAUCCUAACCAAGCCAUAUUAUUUUCUUAAUAUAAUUUUUGAAAAUAACAAACAUUUUUGAAAAUAAUAGUAAAACAUGACAAAUAAAAUUGACAGGUUAAAUUGAAGAGGAAUGCGACUCUGUAGCAGUCAGUAUAUAAAUGGUUCCUUGUAUAGUAUUAGCACUCAUCAUAUUCAUUAAUUGUAUACAUAAUAAAGCAAAAAAUGAUGGGAAUGUUUAUGCAUUUUCUUUUGGUAUUGCUUACUAUUUUGGUUUUGAUACAAGCUCAGCAGGAUGAUCAAUCAGGAUUUAUUAGCUUAGAUUGUGGUCAACGUGAAGAUGUGAGAUAUUCUGCGAGCAGGACAGGCAUAAAUUAUAGAUCAGAUGCCAAUUUCAUAGAUACUGGUGAAAGUAAGAGGGUACAAGUAAAAAUACCCAAAAGUGCUGUUAAACAGGAACUACAAUAUGUGAGAAGCUUUCCUAGUGGAGUGAGAAAUUGUUACAGAAUAAAUGUAACAAGUGGUACUAAAUAUUUUAUCAGAGCUACUUUCGCUUAUGGUAACUAUGAUAAUCGCAAUCAGGCACCACAAUUUGAUCUUUAUCUUGGAGUUAACCUGUGGAGAACAAUGUAUAAGCAGUUGUUAAAAAAAUCAUUCGCCACAUCCACUGGAAUGAUUUACACUCCAUCACUGGAUUACAUACAACUAUGUCUUGUUAACACAGGAAAUGGAAUUCCAUUCAUUUCAGUUAUAGAAUUGAGGCCUUUGAACAGUUCUAUUUAUCCCCAGUACUCACCUAAUUCCGCAUUACUAACAAAGUACCGAUACGAUUUAGGUUCCAUAAUCACCACAGACUCAGUUGUAUACAGGUACAAAGAUGAUGUUUAUGACCGCUUCUGGUCGCCUUAUGAAUUAUCCAGUGAUUUUUUGAGAAUAAGCACCAAUGUUAAAAACGUAGAUCAAUCACUUCUGCAUCCUUAUAAACCACCAGCUAUUGUGAUGAGCAGUGCUGUUACACCAGUAAAUGCCAGUGCUCCUUUAGAAUUAGAAUGGGAAGUAGAUAAUGUAAAUGACCAAUACUACUUCUACUUAUACUUCUAUGAAGUUGAAGAGUUGGCAGCCAAUGAAACUAGAAAAUUCAAUAUCACACAUAAUGACAAGUUAUGGUUUGGACCUCUGACGCCUCUGACGCAACCAGGAACCGUACAGCCUGACAGGCAUUUGACAGGAAAGAAAACGUAUCGAUUUUCCCUUUUUAAGACACAUGAUUCAACCCUUCCACCCAUCCUUAAUGCUGUUGAGGUUUAUCAAGUAAAAGACUUCUCACAAUCAGAAACUAAACAAGAUGAUAUUGAUAGUAUCACAAACAUCAAGAAGGCUUAUAGGGUGGAUAAAAAUUGGCAAGGAGAUCCAUGUGCCCCAGUGAAUUACAUGUGGGAAGGCCUAAACUGUAUUCCUGAUGGCAAUAACAUACCAAGAAUCACAUCCUUGAAUUUGUCCUCAAGUGAUUUAACAGGGAAAAUAGAUUCUUCCUUCUCAAAGCUCACUAUGUUAGAAUACUUGGAUUUAUCAAACAAUAGCUUAACCGGUCCCUUACCUGAUUUUCUGAUACAACUGCGUUCACUAAAAGUCUUAAAGGUGGGGAAGAACAAACUUACAGGAUUAGUUCCAGAUGAACUCCUUGAGAGAUCAAAAAAAGGUUCAUUAUCAUUGAGCACGGACGAUAAUCCUGGUCUUUGUAUGACGGAAUCAUGUGGAAAGAAAAGUUCACAAUCACAUGUACCACUGAUUGCUUCGAUUUCAGCAAUAAUUGUUGUAAUCCUCUUGAUUUCUCUUGGAUUUUGGAUAUUCAGAAGACAAAAAGUUAUGUCUACAAAUUCUAAGAAAAGGGGCUCGUUGGAAUCGAAACAUCAAGCAUUCAGUUAUACUGAAAUUCUAAAUAUUACUGAUAACUUCAAAACUAUUAUUGGACAAGGAGGAUUUGGAAAAGUUUAUCUUGGUGUUCUACAAAAUCACGCACAAGUUGCGGUUAAGAUACUUUCACUAUCCUCAAUGCAAGGUUAUAAGGAAUUUCAAUCAGAGGCACAACUUCUAAUGAUUGUUCAUCAUAGAAAUUUAGUCUCUCUCAUUGGAUAUUGUGAUGAAGUUGAAAUCAAAGCAUUGGUUUAUGAAUACAUGGCCAAUGGAAAUCUCCACCAACAAUUAUCAGUGAAAAAUACAAAUAUUUUAAAAUGGAAUGAGAGACUUAACAUUGCAGUGGAUGCAGCACAAGGAUUAGAUUAUCUUCAUAAUGGAUGUAAACCACCUAUUAUGCACAGAGAUUUAAAACCUUCCAACAUAUUGCUCGAUGAAAACAUGCAUGCCAAGAUUGCUGAUUUUGGUCUAAGUAGAGCUUUUGGUAAUGACAUUGAUUCUCAUAUAUCCACAAACCCUGCCGGUACACGUGGUUACGUUGAUCCUGAAUUUCAGAGAACAGGAAAGGCAAAUAAAAAAAAUGAUGUGUACAGCUUUGGAAUAGUUCUAUUUGUAUUGAUCACUGGUCGUCCAGCAAUAGUAAGAGAAGGUGGAGAAACCAUUCACAUACUUGAAUGGGCUAUUCCUAUAAUCGAAGAAGGAGAUAUUCAAAAUGUUAUCGAUCCAAGGUUGGAGGGUGAAUUUAGCAUCAAUUCAGCAUGGAAAUUUGUGGAGAUUGCCAUGUCAUGCACAUUAGCAAAUGCAGUUGUUGAAAGGCCAGACAUGAGCUUUAUAUUAGCAGAGUUAAAGGAAUGUCAAUCUUUGGACAUGGUUCGAAGAAACUUUGAAAACACAGGAGCUAUAGAUGAAUUGGUUUCGUUGGCUACUGUAUCAGAUACCACCAUUUCAGCUAGAUAACCACUUUUUAUAAUGAUAGUUAUGUCCUAUAUUCAUUGUCGCUCGAUAUUUCGUCCAAGUACGUAUCAACAUUAGUAUGUUAAGUACUAUAGUGUUAGUGAUGCUUAAUUAGAAACACUAAUUUUCUCCAAUAUCAUCAGGAAGAAUAAUGUGCAUAUAUGGAAAGAUAAAUAAAUUGUUGCAUGUUUACAUUAAGAAUCGAAAUUUGAUCGAGGCACAUA